AUGGAACCAGCUUGGAUUCUAGCUACUCUUACAGCUGCUGGAGGUACUUUCGGGUACGCUCGUAAACGCUCGAUCCCCUCGCUUGCAGCAGGGUUGAUUAUCGGAGGUACGUUUGCGUAUUCCGGAUACAUAGCAAAAGAAAAUGAUGCCAAGAGCUCAGCAAUUGCGCUCAGUGCGAGUGCGGUGAUGCUCACGGCAGGGCUUUUGCGCGGAAUUCCAUCCCGAUUCGCUAAACCCGUUCCGAUUGUGCUAAGUGUAUUAGGUGCAGUAGGUGUCGCAUAUUACGGGUUUCGUGUAAGUAGACAUGAUUUCAUUUAA